GAAGAAACCGUGACGUGGACUUGCAAAGAAACGCUUCCUCUGUCCGUUUUCGCGAACCGUAGAAUAACCCAACCACCAUUUCGUCUUCCCUAAAUUCCACCACUCUUGGACUCCAUUCAGCCCCCGAUCUCUCUCUCUCUCUCUCUCUCUCUCUGUGUUUGUGCGCUAUGGAAGCGGCCUCGGAGAGCGCGGCGAGGAUCGACGACGUGUCGCAGCCAACGGACCCGUCGCCUUCCGGACUGGCCUCUGACGCGGCGUCUCAAUCCUCGUCGACCGCUCGACCUUCCUUCUCCGCCGAAACGCCUGAUCGCAACGACUCCUCCAAUUCCUCGCCUAAUGCUUACAAAGAUGCCGAAGCUCAGUCUCCAGCGUCAUUGAAGAGUGAAGAGUAUCGACAAUUGUUUCGUCUUCCACCAGAUGAAGUCCUUGUCGAAGAUUUUAAUUGUGCUUUCCAGGAGAAUAUACUUAUUCAGGGUCAUAUGUACCUGUUUGUUCAUUAUAUUUGCUUUUACUCUAACAUAUUCGGAUUUGAGACAAAGAAAAUAAUCCCUUUCCAUGAAGUCACUAGCGUACGAAGGGCAAAGACAGCAGGGAUCUUCCCUAAUGCCAUAGAAAUUUUUGCUGGAGCCAAAAAGUACUUCUUCGCAUCCUUUCUGUCCCGUGAUGAAGCUUUCAAGAUCAUAGAAGAUGGAUGGUUGCAACAUGGUAAUGAUCCCAAAACAGCCACAGAACAUCAGGAACCAAUAUCUGAAUCAAGCAGCCAAGAGAAUGGAGGGGUUCUAAUUGAAAGGGUUAAUUUCUCUAAAAGUCCAGCCAAUGAAUUGGACUCUAUUGACAGGAAUAAGGAUGUUCCUGUAUUAAAUGAUUCAGUGCCUAUCAAUGUUGAAGUUGAGACAGUGGCAGCAACAGCUUCAGAGCAGCCAGAUAACGUAAAGGUAGAUGCCGAACCAGUUGUAAAUGCUGAACCAGGUGUAAAUUCUGAACCUUCAUCUUCAGAAAACACUUGGAUAUGGAAGCAGGAGAACUUUGAUGCCCCCAAGAUCCCAGAAUUUUAUACAAAGGUUGCAGAAUCAAAGUUUCAGAUAAAGGUGGAGGACUUCUUUAGUUUCUUUUUCUCAGAUGAUGCUGUUAAUUUCAUUGAAUUGUUUCAUAAAAGAUGCGGAGAUAAAGACUUUCAUUGCAGUUCUUGGUAUCCUCAUGAAAAAUUUGGGCAUGCUCGUGACGUGUCAUUUCAACAUCCAAUAAAAAUCUACUUUGGUGCAAAGUUCGGUAGCUGCCAAGAGAUCCAGAAACUUCGAAUUUAUAGAAACAGUCAUUUGGUUAUCGAGACAUCACAAGAAAUCAGCGACGUGCCUUACGCAGAUUAUUUCCGUGUUGAGGGGCUUUGGGACGUUGAGAGAGAUGCUGAUGAAUCGAAAGAAUGCUGCAUUUUGCAUAUAUAUGUGAAUGUGGCAUUUUCCAAGAAAACUGUAUUUAAAGGAAAAAUAGUGCAUUCUACCAUUGAAGAAUGUCGAGAAGCUUAUUUGAACUGGAUAAGCAUGGCACAUGAAUUGUUGAAGAAGAACCUUGGAAAAAAAGAAGAGGAAGUUGCUGCUGAUAGCAUGAUUCAGAAUGGUGAAGCUCACUUCGAGAGUGAAGUAAUCACUGGGGAAUCUUUGGAAAGGUCAUUUGAGUCAAGUGACCAUAUAAGAACGCAACAGAUAUCUGAUCCCAUAGAUGCUAACCAACAAGUUGGCAAUCGUUUGCAUGGAAAUUUCAUUGAUGCUACAUCCCUAGCAUCUUGGUUAAAGGAAUCUAUAGUGAAGUUAGGAUCCUUGAGAAGUCAAGUCCAUAUUUCAGUACUCGCAGUUAUGGUUUUUGCUGUGAUUUUCUUGAUGCAGUUGAGCAUAGUUGUGCUAUUAGCCAGGCCCCAACACAUCCAUGUGAACCCUCAGACUGGCUACAUGAGUGGCAUGGGCAGAUCAUCUGAAGCAAUGGCUUGGAUGGAGAAGCGAAUUCACCACCUUAAAGACGAAAUGUACACGGUUGAGGCCCGGCUCGAGAGGAUGCGACAUGAGCAUACACUGUUGAAAGCACAACUGAAAGACCUAGAGCAUCUCGGUAAGCAACAAUAGUCAUAUGUAUAUCCUUAUACUUCUUGUCAUAUGGUAAAUCUUCUUUUCCUUAUGUAAUCAAAAAAUGUAUCAUAAUCAUGCAAAGGAACUUUGUCAAAUUUGUAUCUGACUCAAAAACCAGUGGUACCAAUACAUCCUGUUGCGCAAA